AUGGACACUAGCAUCGCCCUGCGCGACGGCAAGCAGAUGAAGGCCAUCGCGGUCCUGACCAUGAUCUUCCUGCCAGGGACAUUUGUCGCGACGUUGCUUGCCGUGCCCCAACUAUCGGGUCUCGGUACAACCGGGAACUUUCCAAGCUGGUCUUGGUAUCUGAUUCUGUUUCUCCCCCUGACGGCCCUGGUGCUUCUCGCCUACUUCCUGUGGGUCAACUCGAAGUAUUUCAGGCCCAAAGAGUUCAACGAUCCAGCACUCACCGUGUGA